AUGGAUGAAAUUUGCGCCAUUUUAAAGGAAUAUUUAGAAAGUGACACUGAUAAUAUAAUUGAUUUAUUCAAAGAAUAUAGCGCUAGCACGAAAGAUAAAACGGAGGUUCAUUCGAGGCUUAAAAAAAUAAAAUGUACUAAACUAAUGGCCUUUGAUGCUAACGGUUUGUACGCUUCCGCCAUGUCGGAUUUAGAUAGCGAAUAUCCGAGAGCGGAAAGUGGUAGACCAUUUCUACCGGAAGAAAAUAAAGAAUUUGCCAAGCUCUUUAAUGAACAGAAAUUCAGACCUAGAACUGCUAUUUUAAAGGUCUGGUUUGAAUAUCCCAAAAACAUGUUCUUCCAACAGAUACAGCUAAAGAUAAAAUCACUUUCACGAAUAAAGAAGAUAAAUGAAGAAGAAAAAGAAUUUAUUCCUCCUAAAUCUACACGACUAGUCAUUUGGGAUCAUUCGUUUUAUCUCACAAUAAAAAAAAUAAUGAAUAAUUUUAUUCGCGUGAUAGAUGGAUUUUAUAAGCCUGAAAUAUACUAUACGAAUACCGAUAGUUUAUACAUUUCGUCUAGCAAUUGGGAUAAAUUAAAUGAAGCUGGGUUGGUGUCCGAAAAUGAUUAUUGUAAAGGAAAGAAUGAUUAUGGUGAUGGUGGAAUUAUAUUUGAUUUAUAUUUAGCGCCAAAAGUUCAAUACAAUAUCAUUCUAACUUCCGAUGGUGUUUUAAAAGAAAAGAAAACGUUUAAGGGUUACUCUAAAGAUCAGAUAUUCGUAGAAGAUAAUAUUCGAUUAGCUAGUGGACUCGAUGUAACGAAUGAAUUUAAGAAACCUUGGGUAAAAAGUUUUACUGAUGGAAUAGUUAUUCCAAAUGAUAAACAAAAGAAAGUUUUUAGAAGUUAUCUAAAUCUCGUUAAGAGCAAAGCACCAAACAGUGAAGGAAUUAUGUAUCCUUACAACGACGGAAAAGAAUUGAACAGGGAUGAAAACUACGAAUUUGAUGAUUACGAUUACCUUACUAUUCAAGAAGGGAAUGAAGAUUCUGUUUUAAAUGAAGUUGAAUAA